UGCAUUGGACGGUACGAGCUGUCGUUGCUAGGGGAGUGGAAACCGUGUGUGAGGUGGGUCUGCAACACGAGCGGCGCUCAUUGAUUGUUUUAUUUUCCGCAGAAAAAGGGUCUGUGAUCUUUGUGGCACUUCUGUUCAGAUGGGUAGUUUGUUAUGGAUGAAAAUAUAUAACCGCAGUUUAGAUGCUGGGAUUAAAUCUGUUUCUGGCUCUUUGGAUUAUGUCGCUGGCUACCUAUAGGCAGCUGAAAGCGAUACACGCCUUGCAAGUGGAGUGACUUACAUCUUUAUGACAAGGAUUAUUUAAAAGAUUAUAGUAUUUAAGGUCAAGGUCCACGACUGUUUUUCGCCUUUUUUUCUUUCAACGCACGUCCGCAGCCACCUACAGUUAUAGCAUGAAUGUGGGAAGGAGCUGUCUAAUGGCAAGCGGCUAGCCUUCAAUGCUAGGAGCUGCUCACUUCUGCUCUUUUGGGUCACUUAACCGGCUAACGCUUUAUCUUGGCGCGUGUUGUAAGUACCCAGCUUUUCUAAAAAAUACAUAUGAAAAAUCCAGCAGAAAAGAUCCAGCCAUUAGUGUAGAUAUUAUAGCCGAUUGGAGAACCGAGAAAUGGUACCUAUAUCAUAUUUAGCUAGGUGUGCUUGCUUUGUAGAUGGCGAGCCAACUACUUAAUAAUGAGCCGUUUUAGCUUACGGGCAAUUUGCUUGCAAUGUGUCGUGAGCUUCAUCGGGCUUUCUCGUUGUAACUAGUUAGCGGUUACAGAAGGUGAUGUAUUGUAAGUGAUCAGUCACUGAACAUCGCUGCAAAAUCGUAGGUGAUUCAUCGGUGCGUUUUCGAGAUGGCUGAACUGGAAUGGGGAUUAUCUGCAGAAUUAAAGGGGGAGGAAAGCUCGCAAGGAGCGCCGGGCUCUUCCUAAGCGUCAGCAUGGCCGUCUCCGUUUAAGGCUUCCUCGUCUUUCUUUCAUGAAGAGUAUAAAUGAGCACAGCGCAUCUUCCUCUUGCUGUUCGUGCUGGAUGCGAUGGAGCUGCUCUGGUGAUGCCCCAUGUUGCUGAACUGCGUCAGUAGGCGUAUCUGCAGGUACUCUGUGGCCGGCCGUCGCUGCUACUGGUACCGGGAGGGAGACAAGCGUGGCGAUGCGACCCUGGGUCGUCGCUGAUAAAUAUUGAACAUUUUCAGGUGAAAUGGAAGCGGGGGGCGAAUCCAGCUCGGAGCCCCCGCUGGGACUUGAAUGCCUAAGCUCGGGAUGCAAGCCGGGCAUUAAGGUGCACGAAGCCACGAGUGACAGCAAUGUCAAUAAUAUGGAUACCUCGGCGCUGCCGAGAGGGGGAAGCGACCCUAGUGCUUACCCUCCGUCCAGUUACCAGAGAAUCGUGCGCCAACGGUUUAUAAGAAGGACCCUGUGGUUCUCCGACUCCGACGAGCAAGCCUUCGAAGCGCCGGAAUGCGAGAGCAGGAGCAAAAUAGCCAGCAUAAAUCUGCGCACGGUUGUGGACAGGACGCUGGGGCCCGAUCGGUGCCUGCUAGAGGGCUCCAGCACCGAGAGCCAGGGCGGACAGAAAGACAGCCCCACGGAGAGCGUCGCCGCGGACGAGGAGAAGGAGAAAGGCCGGCUCGAUGUCAAUGCAGCGUCCGCCGACCCCGCGAAAAGCGCUGGCAGGACCACCAGCGACGAGAACGAGGAGGAGGCCGAAAUGAAAGCUGUCUCCACAUCCCCCGGUGGGAGAUUCCUCAAGUUUGACAUUGAACUGGGAAGGGGGUCUUUCAAGACUGUCUACAAAGGACUAGACACCGACACCUGGGUGGAAGUUGCCUGGUGUGAGCUUCAGGACCGCAAGCUGUCCAAGGUGGAGCGGCAGAGGUUCAAAGAGGAGGCUGAGAUGCUGAAGGGCCUCCAGCACCCCAACAUCGUGCGCUUCUACGACUUCUGGGAGUCGCCGCUCAAGGGCAAGAAGUGCAUCGUGCUGGUGACGGAGCUCAUGACGUCGGGGACGCUGAAAACGUACCUGAAGAGGUUCAAGGUGAUGAAGCCCAAGGUGCUGAGAAGCUGGUGCCGGCAGAUCCUGAAAGGCCUGCACUUCCUCCACACCAGGACGCCGCCCAUCAUUCACCGAGACCUUAAGUGCGACAACAUCUUCAUCACCGGCCCAACCGGCUCUGUCAAGAUCGGAGACCUUGGCCUGGCCACGCUGAAGAGAGCCUCUUUCGCCAAAAGUGUCAUAGGGACCCCUGAAUUCAUGGCGCCGGAAAUGUACGAGGAGCACUACGACGAAUCCGUGGACGUCUACGCCUUCGGCAUGUGCAUGCUGGAGAUGGCUACCUCGGAAUACCCAUACUCCGAGUGCCAGAAUGCUGCCCAGAUUUAUCGCAAGGUCACCAGUGGGGUGAAACCCGCAAGUUUCAACAAGGUGACAGAUCCAGAAAUUAAGGAAAUUAUCGGGGAAUGCAUCUGCCAGAAGAAGGAGGAGAGAUUCUCCAUUAAAGACCUCCUGAACCACGCAUUCUUCGCGGAGGACACCGGAGUCCGAGUUGAACUGGCAGAGGAGGAUGACGGCAAGAAAUCCUCUAUAGCCCUGAAACUCUGGGUGGAAGAUCCCAAGAAGCUGAAAGGGAAAUAUAAAGAGAGCGGCGCUAUAGAAUUCACCUUUGACCUGGAAAAGGAAGUUCCUGAGGGUGUUGCUCAGGAAAUGGUGGAGUCCGGCUUCUUUCAUGAGAGCGACGCCAAGAUCGUGGGCAAAUCCAUACGGGACCGGGUGUCGCUGAUCAAGUGGAAGAGGGAGCGAAAUGUGCCGGCGUGUGACAGGGAUGCGCAGCGGCCAGCGGAGGGCGCUCCCGCCCAGCAGGCCCCACCACAGGUGCCUGACGGUCCAGUGGCACACGGCGGUCCCCCCGAGCCUGAAGAGCCUGAGGCUGACCAGCACGGCCGGCAAUGCAAUCUGCCCGCCAGCGUCACCUCUGUUACAUCGGACAGCACCUUCGACAGCGGCCUGGGCUCCACUGCUUACUCCAACUCCCAUGGCAGCCAGCGAGGUGCCCCCUACCAGUCACUCCUGGAGGCCUCUGCUGCCCCCGCGCCACAGCACCGUUCCAGUGUGCCCUGUGUGAUCUGGGAGACCCCCCUGUCUGACGACUGCUCCGACGGCUGUAGCGCCUGGCCGCCUGCAGGGGGCUGCCUCUCUGCCAGGCGGGCCAGCGCCUCCUUGGUUGAAGCUGUGCGAUGCGACGCUCGCCUGAGCCCCACGUACCGUCCCUUAACACCACCACCGUGCUGCUGCCACACAGGGCACGCGACCACCUCUGACUGGAGGGGCAUGUGGGCCGCAGAUGAGAACGCGUCUUCCUCAGAGUCUACCCCUGCAUGCGAAGGUUUUGCCCUGCUGAAGCCCCCUUUGCUGCUUCACCCCCCCCUGCUGCACUGGGAUGCCCGUCGCCAUAGUGACUCUUCCGUGGAGCCUUCCCCGGCCGAGCAUCUGGCUCGGCGCCACUCGGACCUGGGCUCCCCACUUAGCCCCAGCUCGCCCCAGUACGUGGCCGGCUUGCCCUGCUGCGAAGCCUGCAUGUCCCUCUGUGGGCCGUGGACCGGCUGCAGGUCCUCCUUGUGUGGGGCCCCGCCCAUCACGGCCAGCAGGGGCCCUCCUGAGAGCCCAGAACUCACUCUCCUACACAAGUCUCUGCACUAUAUCAUCAACAUGAAGAGACACGGCCCGCCCCUCCCUCCAAGCUCUCCUGACAGAGGCCCACGCCGGCCCUCCUUUGGCCACAAGGAGGCUCCCAGCUGGUCACACUCCCGGCCCUGGGAUGAGUGCCCCGGCCGCCUGCACAGGUGCAGUGACGAGGCGCCCCUUUGCCCACAGCACGUGGAGUUAGCGUGCGGGAACUGGCCCGGUGUCACGUCUGGGAUGCCUGUCUCUCCCAAAACAGCUGCCACAGCCACAGCUCCGCUUCCACUUGCCGGCCAGACCUUCCAACCUGCAGCUCACUCUUUACAGCAGAGCCAGCCGCCUGUGCAAACUUAUCAGGCUGCAGCACCCACUAUGCAGCAAAAUCACCAGACUGCGCAGACCUUUCACCCUGCAACUCCCUCUGUACAGCCAAACCAGCCGACUGCACAGACCUACUUGGCUGCAGCACCCUCUGUGCAACCGAGCCAGCCGAUUGUACAGACCUUCCAGCCUGUAGUGCCCUCUGUGCAGCCGAGUCAGCAGUCUGCGCAGACCCAGCCAGCUACAGCGCUAUCUGUACAGACGAGCCAACAAGCUGCGCAAACCUACGCAGCUGCAGCACCCUCUGUACAGAUGAGCCAGCAGCCUGCACAGACCUACCCGACUACAGCGUCCUCUGUACCGCAGAGUCAGCAGUUUGCACAGACCUUCCAACCUGCAGUGCCCCCUUUACAUCCGAGCCAGCAGACUGUGCAGACCUACCCAGCUGCAGCGCCCUCUGUACAGACAAGCCAACAGUCUGCACGAAUCUUCCCGGAUGCAGUGCCCUGUGUGCAGCCGAGCCAGCAGGCUGCACAGACCUACCCACCUGCAAUGACCACUGUACAGCCAAGCCAGCAGUCUGCACAGAUGUACCCAGCUGCAGCACCCAUUGCACAGGCUGGCCAGCCGAUUGUGCAGACUUACCAGGCAGUAGCUGCUACACAGCAGUGCCAGCUACCUGCACCGACUUACCCACCUGCAGCAGCCAUUGCUCAGUCAAGUCAGCAGACUGCGCAAGUGUACCCAGCUGCAGCAUCUGCACAGACCUAUGUAUCUGCAGCCGCCACUGCACAGCAUGGCUCAGUAACUGCACAGAUGUAUUCGGCUACAGCAAACACUGUACAGCAGAGCCAACUGACUGCACAAAUCUAUUCAGCCCCUGCAUCAAUUGCACAACCAUGUCAGCUAGCUGCGCCGACCUACCCAGCUGCAAUGGCUACCCCACAGCAAACCCAGCAAGGUGUACCGGCCUAUGCAGCUGCAGUAGCUGCCCCACAGCAAACUCAACAAGCUACGCAGACCUACCCAGCUGCAAUGGCUACCCCACAGCAAACUCAACAAGUUGCGCAAACCUACCCAGCUGCAGUAGCUACCCCACAGCAAACUCAACAAGCUGCGCAAACCUACCCAGCUGCGAUGGCUACCCCACAGCAAACCCAACAAGUUGCGCAGACCUACCCAGCUGCAGUGGCUACCCCACAGCAAACCCAACAAGCUGCGCAGACCUACCCAGCUGCAGUAGCCACCCCACAGCAAUCCCAACAAGCUGCACAGACCUACCCAGCUGCAAUGGCUACCCCACAGCAAACCCAACAAGUUGCGCAGACCUACCCAGCUGCAGUAGCUACCCCACAGCAAACCCAACAAGCUGCGCAGACCUACCCAGCUGCAGUAGCCACCCCACAGCAAACCCAACAAGCUACGCAGACCUACCCAGCUGCAGUAGCCACCCCACAGCAAACCCAACAAGCUGCGCAGACCUACCCAGCUGCAAUGGCAACCCCACAGCAAACCCAACAAGCUGCGCAGACCUACCCAGCUGCAAUGGCCACCCCACAGCAAACCCAACAAGCUGCGCAUACCUACCCAGCUGCAAUGGCCACCCCACAGCAAACCCAGCAAUCUGCGCAGACCUACCCAGCUGCAAUAGCCACCCCACAGCAAACUCAGCAGCCUGCCCAGACCUACCCACCCACAGCACAGUCAGCUGAGCUGGCUUCUCAAAACUACGCAUCUGCAACACUGACUGCACAGCAUGGCCAGCAGCAGCUCUCCACGGGGCAGAACUUUCCUCAGCUCGAGGGAGCAAACCUACAGAGCCUCCCGCACUCGGCAGCCAACCAGGCUGGGCAGAAGGCUCUGAGCUUGCAGCCGUGCAGCCAGAAGGCAGCGCCGGUCCAGCCGCCGCAGGCCGUGCCGGUGACUCAGCUCACACAGGUGGCCACGCCCACACCAGCGCCCUCUGCCCUGCCCACGGAUGCUGGCCGGCAAGGCAUGCCUGCUCAGCUGCAGCCGAGCCCCCCUGCAGCAACGUCUUUACCGGCAAAGACCGUCGUAGACAUGGCCUUGCAGGAGCAGAGCAGAGCUCCGUCUGCGCAGCCCCCUGGCAGCCAGCAGUCAAGUCAGCAGUUUCUCGCCAGCACAACCCCCGCAGCGGCAAGUCAGGAGGAACCUCAAGCAGACAAACAAGUGCCAUUGCACAGUUACAACUACGACAGUGUCAACUCUGACGCCACCUCGGGGAAGGAGAUGAGCGACGGCUAUGAGGGCACGCCGGGGGGCAGCAGGGUGGAUGCCAGGGUGAAGAGGCAUCACCGGCGCUCGACACGCACGCGUUCCCGCCAGGAGAGGAGCAGCAAGGCCAAGCUGAGCAUGCUCAAUGUGUGCAACACCGGAGACAAGAUGGUGGAGUGCCAGCUGGAGACCCACAACAACAAGAUGGUGACGUUCAAAUUCGACCUGGACGGGGACGCCCCGGAGGAGAUCGCCACGUACAUGGUGGAGAACGACUUCAUCCUGCCCCUGGAGAAGGAGAUCUUCAUCGAGCAGCUGAAGGACAUCGUGGACAAGGCGGAGGACAUGCUGAGUGAGGACACCGAGGGCGAGCGCAGCUCCGAUCAGGGCACCAGCCCCCAGCAGGCCCCCUGCAGCUUCCCCGGGGGGGAGGGAGCGAAGACGCCACAGCUUCACACCCACCAGGCUGUCUACCAGCAGAACGUCCUGCACACUGGCAAGAGGUGGUUCAUCAUCUGCCCCGUGGUCGAGUCCCCGACUCCCGACGAGAGGAAGCCUUUAGCCGCGGCCAGCUCCUCAGCACAGGAGCCAGCCCUGCCUGUCCAGUCUGGGGUCCCCUCCCCACCCUCCCUGGCCCCCGCUGCUCCACCGGACCCCGACCCGGACGGGGGGAAGGCCCUGCAUUCGCCGUCAUCCACAGGGACUGCUGAUGAUGCAAUGGGGGCGAUGCUGGUGGAGGAUUCCCCGGGGGGUCGCCCGGGCCCUGUGUCGCCCACCCAUGGUGCUCAGCAGGCGGCAGAGGUGGCGUGUGCGGCCGCCGUCAUGUCGGACAUCCCCUGCUGUCCCAUCGUCUCGCCCCUGUCCUUGGACGUGCAGGCCGGCCAGGCCGUGGCCCCGGGGGGGGAGCCCCUCCUCCGGCAGGGUGACCCAGCCCAGCCGCUGGUAGUCAUGCAGCAGCCAUUUGCCACGCCCAUGCAGUCAUCAGUGGGCGGGGCCAAAUCCGUCUCACAGCCGCAGAGCCCCGCCAUGGCCCCACAGGUGGCCGCUUCAGGCCACGCCCCCUGCCAGCUGUCCGGGCCGGGCGAAUCCGACGGGGAGGGCCCUCCCAGGGUCGGCUUUGUGGACAGCACCAUCAAGACGCUGGAUGAAAAGCUGCGCACCUUGCUGUACCAGGAGCACGCGUCCCCACACACGGCCCCCGGGCCACCAGAGACACCAGGGCCUGGAGUGGAGCUCGCCCCCUCUCCCUCUGGGGGGGACGGUUUGCCCCUGAUCCCCGAAAGGACCGACAGCCUGGCUACGCUGAGUGACUCUGCUGUGGUCGGUUCCCCCAGGACAGUAAGUAAGAGAGACUCGGUUCCGAACUCCAGCUCACACACCGAAUCCCAGAGCCAAUUCCAGCUCAUCCCCACUGCACCGGACAUAGUGAGCAGGCUAGAGCGAAACAAGAAAAGCAAGAGCACAUGUGGCUCUCACGCGCCCCCUAGUGGCAAAGGCGGCUGCAGGUCCCUGUCUAACGGAGACGGUGAAGAUUUGCCCGUCACCACGAUUGGCAGGUUCUCGGUCAUCAACACCAAAGAUGACGUCACCCUGAAGACGCAAAGCAACCGCUAUUCCGCGCCCCCUGACUUCUACCCCGAUGGCGCCCCCCCUGGCCAGGAACACGGUGCCACGCCAACGGACUGCCCGCGCCAGUCCUCAGACUCGGAGGAGGAGAGCGCCUUAGCGGGGCCGGGCACUCCCGCGCCGGCGAGCCAGGCACGCCCGGAGAGCAGUGGUGCCGACCUCAUGAAGAAGGCCGUGGCCUUCCUGCGCCGAUCGGGCCGCGGCGGCAGUACACAGAGCUCGGACUCCCCAGCUCGGCAUGGCGGCAGCGACGCCCCCAGUGUGCCCGUCUCCUCCCUGCACUCGCACUCCUCCUACAUGAGCAGUGACAACGACUCGGAGUUCGAGGACGCUGACAUGAAGAAGGAGCUGCAGCGACUGAGAGAAAAGCACAUGAAGGAGAUCUCCGAGCUGCAGGCCCAUCAGCGGGGGGAAAUCGAACUGCUGUAUAAGAAACUGGGCAAGCAACUCCCUCCCACCAUUGGCUUCCUCCACACGGCGCCCCCUACAGGCCGGAGGCGAAGAGCUAGCAAGCACAAGCUGAAAGCCGGCAAGCUGCUCAACCCAGUGGUGCAGCAGCUGAAGAACAUCAGCACAAACCCCAGUGAGACCGCGCUGCCCCCUGCUGACUUGUCAGCCAAAGUGUCAGGGCUGGCGGACGGCGAGGCCUUCUCCCCGACCGGCACCCUCCCCGCCUCCGCCUCGGAUUCUGUGCAGACCCAGCAGCCCUGCUCUCUGAAAGGCUCGCUCUCCUCCGACAACAUCUAUGCCGGCUUUCAGAGCGAAGGGUUAGAGGCCCACAGUGGGUUAGGCCAAGGCUGGACGGUUUACCACCAAACUCCUGAGAGAGUGACCUAUAAAUCUAGUAGCAAACCACGUGCUCGAUUCCUCAGUGGACCUGUCUCUUUGUCCAUCUGGUCAACCCUGAAACGGCUAUGUCUAGGCAAAGAGCGGAGUAGUAGGUCCCAUCACGGCAGCGGGGCAACUGCGAUGGCCUCCCGGCACAGCCAGCAGCAGGCCCCCCCGGCCGGCUCCACGGCCCCCCUGCCACUGGCAGGCCUCACCCAGGCUCAGACCAACAACAGCAACAACAAGAGCGCCACCUUCACGGACGAUCUGCAUAAGCUGGUGGACGACUGGGCCAAGGAGACUCUGGCGGCCACGCAGGCAAAACCCCCCACCAAUCAGAGCAGGGAGCAGCAACGGCGGCGGCGGCAUGGGCGGGGCCUGGACACCAGAGCCAUGCCCAUGGGCGCAGCAGCCAAUGAGGUUAAGUGCAAUAGCACGCAGAGUGCAGCAAAGUACCAGCUGCCACUCUCCUGCCCGAUGACGGCGGCUCUGGCCCCUGCAGUUGCCCCAGGGAUGAACAGCAGCCUCUUCACGCCUGUGCCGCCCAGCUACAUGGCACCAUCCUGUCCCUUUGGAAGGGUUCUGCAAGCACCCAUGUCUGCAAUGCCGUGGCCAGGCUUGGCCUGCCCUGGCGGUCCUGUGGGAGUGCUGGGCACAUCGGGGGCGGUGCCAUUCCCUUCUAUGGGCAACCCCGCCUUGCACUCCUUUCCCAUUCCUUUGCGAAACCCAGUGAGCCCACCCAGCCCCAACAUGAGGACUACCUAACUGCAUUCUGUCCUGGCCCCUGUUCUCUGCAUCCGCACAACCUACCAUCAGCCAGUCCCUGUCACAUGAUCCCACCUUAAGGACCACCUACUGUUAGCCAGUCCCUGUCAGAUGACCCCACUAUAAGGACCACCUAGCUUCAAUCAGUCCCUGUCACAUGAUCCCAGCAUAAGGGCUCCCAAGCAUCAGGUAGUCCCUGUCAUAUGAUCCCACCCUAAGGACCACAUAGCUUUAGGCAGUCCCUGUCACAUGAUCACACCCUAAGGACCCCCUAGCUUCAGACAGUCCCUGUCACAUGAUCCCACCAUAUGGACUCCCUAGCUUCAGGCAGUCUCUGUCACAUGAUCCCACCCUGAGGACCACCUACUAGCAGCCAGUCCCUAUUAUAUGAUGAUUCCACCAUGAGGACUAGCUAGCUUCAGUCAUUCCCUGAUACAUGAUUGAGGGACCAUGUAGAUUCUCUCCAUCCCUGCCCUGUGAUCCAAACAUGACCACCGCCUGGCUUCAGUCUUUUCCUGGCCAGUAUUUUCCGCAUGAAAACUCAGACCUGCGCUUUGGUCAGGUGUCACUGGCAUUUCUCUGCAGUGCACUCGCCUGCAGAUAAUUUCAAGGGUGUAAAUAAUUGUUGUGUGUAAAUAACCUGCGUGCGUGUAGAAUUUGUGUGCUGUUGGGUUUGAUCUUACUUGAGCACAUAGCCAUACUGUGUGUACAUUUUGUCAUGCAAUCACUGUGAAAUGUUCCCUUGGAUUUUGCCAUUGUUUAUUUUAGGCCAUUGCCAUUUGAUUUUUAAUUAAAAUUAAAUGUUCAUAUUUGAAAACACUAUUGCUUGAAAUUGUAAAAGAUUUUCAAUAACUUGAACUUAUUUUAAGGUGAAUUACCCUGCAAGAGUGUUGUGCCUUGAACAGAGCUUUUUCACGUCAUAUAAGUAUAGAAACAUUUGGUUGUCUUUAUCUCACAUUGGUUCAUGGUACAUUGUUGGUUGAUUUUUAUGCAUUGAAAAUAAACAGAUUUGUGGUUUACAUCAAAUGCCCUUCUAGCACUGCACUAUUAACUGUAGAAGCUCUUACUACAAUAAAAUUGAGCAUUAUUUUCUUGGAUGAGAUCAAAGUUCGCAGAGAAGUAAGAGUUGCUUUUUGGGAUGCUCGCUGGGGUACAACCUAACCCGAGGCUUUCAGUAACUAAAGUAGCUAUACAUAUUGCUUCUUGUUUUGCCACAUGGCAACGGGUAACUAUUUGAUGACUUAGGGGAAGGUUAUGAGAAACAGAGAAUGUAGCAGCUCAUCUGUCUAGAGGUUUCUUGUCUGAGACUUAAGUGCAAUUGUGACGAUUCACAGAGCUUGUGUUGCUGCCUUCUGAAAUGUUUUUCAAAAAUAGACAUUGGGUUCUUUUAUUGAUUUAAGCAUCGAGCACACAAUAUAAAUGCAUCACUUAAUGUGUCAAAUUGUGUUUCCUCCGGACACAAUUACUUUUAAGGAAGUAUUUAUCCAUUCUUUUUUUUUUUUUUUUUGGGGGGGGGAGAUAAAUGCAGUCACUGUGGUUAUUUACUGAUUAUUUAAUUUUCUCAUUAAGGUUAAUUUCAAUGCUGCUAGUUUGUCCACUGUGCUCCUGCCAUAAUGGGAAAGAUUAAUUAGUUUGCCUCUGUUAAUAACACAAUAUGCAUGAUGAUUUGUCAGUAGGAAGUUCUGUAAUAUAUACACCAAUGAACAAAACUUUACUGUGUCAAAGAUUCUAGACUAAGUUUCUGUUCCCCUGAAAUCGUAAUUUGUAGUAUUUGGCCGCGUGGUCCUAAGUUACUUCCCUAAAAGAGAGAUGUCUUAUGAUUAUGAUUAUCUACAUUUUGAAUUCAUUGCCGGUGAAUCUGUCUGUUUAGCUGAUCUUCCGUCUAGGUUGAAAAUGGUUAUUUGAGGGAAAAUUGCCGCUUGUCUGUUUUGGGUCACUGGUUUUAAGUGUUAGUUCUUUGUCUUAUUUGUUCCAUAGAUACAAAAGUAAGUCAAUAAAUACUCAAAGGAAAUUGCACAAGAUCAAUUCCAAAUCUUUAUUUACGCCACAUUGUGACAAGAGCCCUUUAUUUCAGUAUGUUGAAGAAGACUGACGAAAAGCUUACGAUACAGUUUGUGCUGUAUUUAGUUAAAUCUGGGUUCAGAUGUUCAUUGUCAUGAAAUAUUUUCUACCACAGGCUGAAAGGCAUCACUGUCUUGUCCUGUCAAACUGUGAGUUGUACAGUUCUCAUGUAAUUCAGAUUUUUGCUUUUUUUGUAUAAUACAUCAAUUCGGUUUGAAUUGGAUUUUUAUAGACUAUUGUGCAGAAUCUAAUGUUAUGGCAAAAUACUUCCAAUACUAAUAGAUUUCUGUUCUCUGUUACAUGAGAUACGCAUCUAUUGUACAUUCGCGAACGCUACAUAAGCAAACACUGAACUUGGUUUAAAUCCCUGAGGCUUGCACUGAAAUUUUGUGUGGAACUGCUUCUGCCUGCUGUAUAGUCCUCUGGCAUUUUUUGGACCCAGUUAUCAGUGCUCAAUCACAAAGACUGUACAUGUUUAAAGUAAUGAAUAAACAUAUUUUAUGCCCGAAA